UACCCGUUCGUCUUGCCCGACAUGAUCGGAGGCAACGCAUAUGUCAUCAAACCAAGCGCAGAAUUGUUUGUCAGGUGGGCUCAGGCAAACACUUUCAUGCCCAGUCUCCAGUUUUCUUUGCUGCCUUGGGACUUCGAUGAUGAGCAGGUAACGGAACUGACCCGCGCUGUGACGGCCCUUCACGCCGAACACACGCCCUACCUCCUCGAACUUGCGUCACAGACUAACCUCGGUCCCUCCCCCAUGCUGAGGCCUACGUGGUGGCUCUGUCCCACCGACGAGGACUGUCUCAUGGCCGAUCAGCGUGAGUACUAUCUUGUACUAUCUUGUUAUCAGUGAUUAGUUAUCAGUUAG